AUGCGUCUACUGGCGCAGGCGGGGGAUGACUUUGCGAAGAAGAAGGCGCAGGAGAACAGGACAGUCUUGCCGAAGAAGAAGGCUUCCAUUUUUGAAGAGGAGAACGACAAGGGAGACCUUGCUCAUGGCACGGUAUCUCCGCCGCCGCCGAAUCGGACUGCCAAAUUCAGUUAUGAGAGCGUUUAUCAGCAAUUGGCCUCGGAAAAGAGGGCGAGGCCGUCAGAUAGGCUACUGACGGAGGAGGAGAAGGCGAAAAAGGAGCUCGACGACCUCAUGGAGAUGGAAAGGAUGAGAAGAGACCGUAUGCAGAACGCUGUCGAGUCGGAUGCCGAGGAAGAUGAGGGGCGUCGUGACGUUGCCUCAUCUAGAAGGCCGAGGCAAAAGACGAACAAGAAAAAUCGUCGCGCUGGUGGAGAUGACCUUGAAGAUGGCUUUGAGCUUUCGGCAAGCGAUGGCGAUGAUGAUAGUGAGGAGGAUGAUCAGGCGCAUGCGCCAGAUGAUGAGCCUUCCGCAUCAGACUCAGAUCAUGCUUCCGACAGGGCAGAGGACGAGGAGGAUAUAGAUCCGAACGGUGCAGUUGUCGCAGAUCAUGCGGAGACACAAUCGAGAGCCAAAGAAGGCGUCCCUUUUGUCUUUAAGCAUUGCCCUGCUUCCCCGAGGGAACUUCAAAAGCUCUUUGAGAAUCGAACUCUUUCUGAACGGCAACUGGUGGUCGAGCGCUUGCGCAAGUGUUUUGCGGUAUCAUUGAAUCCGCCCGUUAACGCAACGAAACUCGAUCGUCUGUUGGAAUGCUGCCUGUUUCGAAUAGAAAUUUUAUCCAAGGUUUCUGCUGUAAACCUGAAACGGGCUGUAGCAGAAAUUGACAUGCUACUCAUUCACGCUCAUGCCCUUGGCAAGAGAAAUGAGGGGCUGGUUGCGGGAUGGGCCCGCGACACUAUUGCCAAUGCGUUUCACUCUCUGACGUCACCAAGGAAAUCAGGGGGUCUGUCGAAGAGGUGGAACGCUUCAGAUUUGCUUGUUUUGCGCAGCGUCGGCCGGCUCUUUCCGUCCUCUGAUAUUAGGCACCCGGUAAGCACGCCACUGGUACUGCUGCUUUCGGAAGGACUUGCAAUAUCAAGAAUGCUAUGCUGUAGAGAUGUUGCAAUGGGAUGUUUUGUAGGAAGACUCCUCGUUGAGCAGAUGGCCGGUGCUGGUCGGUACUCAGGACAACUGACGACGUUCAUAACAUCUGUGCUCUGCGGGGCUCUAUCUCCGGGAACACCGAAACUAAGGGGACUAUUUGGUGCUUACAGAGAGGGCGAUUGUGAGGCCGACGUUGGAAGCCUUCGCCUGCGCGAUCUGAUGGAGGCGGAUGAGGCAAACGCGGACGACGAAAAUAGCUCAGGAGGCGAAAAUGAGCAGGAUGACGGAAAUCACUUGCAGAAUAUGGUAGUGGAGUCCGUCCUCUGCCUGGCUGAUGCAGCCACUAUGUCAGGGCGUGUAAGCCAUCAAGAUAUUGUGUUCCAGAAACUACCGUUGAGACGGUUGCCUCGAGGAAAGAAUUGCACCAAUUUACUGCAGGCGUUGGUUUCAUCACGAGAGACGCGCAAGCCACUCGCUUUGUACACAGUAUCUGCAGCGGCAGCUGUGCGCAAAUCUUUGAACCCAAAGUUCUCGGCAGAGUCUGGGGUUUUCCGGCGAGUCGCUCGUACGUCGUAUCAUGCGGCUCGAAGUGGAGAUAUGAGCCAAUCAGCGAUGAGGGUAAGGCGGGCGCUCAAAAAAGAGGAGCGCGGAUGGGCUCGAGACGUUCGACAGUCUGCCUCGGCUCGACGGACGGAGCAAGACAGGGAAGACGGGGCGAGAAGGGAGCGGGGGGACAAGCGAGCGAAGGAAGCUAUGGCGUUUUUGGAGGCGCAGCAAGCGACGUGGAAGAAAGCCGAGAAGCGGCAGCGGAUGCUGUCUGGGAAGAAAUGGUGA